AUGAUUUUUUUAGAAGAGAAGCAUAUUAAAUAUUUAAAUUCAUACACAACUGUUACCAAUAUUGAAGAGCUACUAUUUAAUGAAACCCUUAAGAUGUGUGGGGUGUUUUAUUUCGUCUGUUCUUGUGAAAUAUUAUCCCAUGAAACCGACAAAAAAGAAGCAUUGAUUGAUUUUAUUUUAAAAUGCCAAAAUACAGAUGGUGGAUUUGGAAAUAAUAUAAAUUAUGAUUCACAUAUUGUAUCAACGCAUCAUGCAAUAUUAUCACUGUUAAUUUUAAAUUAUUCAUUUGAUACAGUUAACAAAUAUAUAUAUAAGGAUGAAAAAAGAGAGAUAGAUUUAAAUGGUGAAAAUUCUGUUAGUACUCAGUUUAAUAAUAUUUCAAAUGAUACUGAUCAUAAAGUAAAUAAAAAUAUUCAGCAUAACCAAACACUUCGAGAAAUGACUUCCCAAUAUAUUUUAAGUCUAUUAAAUACCGAUGGAUCAGUUAAAGGAGAUAUUUGGGGGGAAGUCGAUACACGUUUUGUUUAUAGUGCUGUUAGUUGUUUAACUAUAUUAAAUAAGAUACACUUGAUUUCUAUUGAAAAUAUAUCAUCAUAUUUAUUAACAAAUUAUUCUAUUUGUGGGAAUUCAUUUUCAUGGACACAUGGUAAUGAAUAUCAUGCAGCUAGCGUUUUUUGUUGCGUUGCAACUUUGGCAUUAAUACAAAAAUUAUAUUUAAUUGAUGAAGAGAAAGUAGCUCAUUGGCUAAGUCUUAGGCAAACCAAUAAUGGUGGUUUUAAUGGACGAGCUGAAAAAUUGACUGAUACAUGUUACUCAUGGUGGAUUUUUUCAUCAUUAAUUAUUUUAAAAAAAUAUAAAUGGAUUAAUAAAAAUGCUUUAAAAAAAUAUAUUCUUCUUUGUCAAGAUACCAAUAGUGGUGGAAUCAGUGACAACCCUGAUUGCCUUCCUGAUGUAUGCCAUACAUUUUUUGGAUUAGCAGCGUUAAGUUUGAUAGAUAAUAUUGGUGAUUCAGAAAAGCAAUACAAUUUAAAGAAAAUGCAUCCAGUUUAUGCUAUUCCCGUUGAUACAGUCAAAAAAAGGAAUCUACCGAGUUUCGGAAUAGAUACAUUAUAA